CUGCUCUGUACUUGAUAAUUGAAUACUACUUGGUAUUAGGCAAUUUACUGACUGGUACAGAAUUAUUUUUUUCACAAUGCUGCUUAUUGCAUGAUGGUGAGGUUGCAGGUCAUAAUGGUAUAGAUAGACUACCGGCCUGAGCUCUCGCCAUUUUCCCUCCGCAGUUACUGAUCCGAACAAACCCCAGUUCGCCACCAUCCACUGGUCAAGACUCAAGGACGCUGAGAACAUACCCCGACGAGAAGCUUUGAAAAUAGCGAUUAGACCAUGGGCUUGAAAAAGAACAAAGUCCGAAAGCCUAUGCUGCUUUCCCACACCCGUCCACCUACAGCAAAAACCAACCGUGCCGCAUUGUCAUCAAAAGCCACCCGAAAUUUGAUCCGCACGCACCAUCGCCUCCUCAAAAGGCGCGAACAAGCCCAACAGGCCGGCGACCAGAUUCUGGUGGCCAAGCUCGAUGCAGAAAUCAAGGACAAUGGUGGGUUGGAAAGCUAUCAAUUAGCCAGCAAACUCGGUCAAUCUAUGGAACGUGGGGGAGACUCUAGCAAAGUUCUGGUUGACUGGAUUAGCCCCAAAUUGCGUGAAUUGGCCGACAUGAAGUCAAAAUUUCGAGUCCUCGAAGUGGGCGCACUGAGCACCAAGAAUGCUUGCUCCAUAAACCCACAAUUGGAUGUUACAAGGAUCGAUCUCAACUCCCAAGAGCCGGGGAUUUUGAAGCAGGACUUCAUGGAGAGGCCACUUCCUGUCGAUGAUUCCGACCGCUUCCACAUAAUAAGCCUCUCGUUGGUAUUAAAUUAUGUGUCAAGCCCUCUCUGUAGGGGAGAGAUGUUGAAACGUUGUGUCGCCUUCUUGACGAAAUCGCCUCCAUCAAAUGCAUCGAUAACUGUGACACCCAGCUUAUUCCUGGUGCUACCCCUUGCUUGCGUUGACAAUUCAAGGUAUCUCACAGAGAGCAGAUUGAAUGAUAUACUCUCCACGCUGGGUUUCGUGUUGGUAAACACAAAGAAGACCUCAAAGUUGAUAUUCCAACUUUGGGAACAUUGGCAUGACAGCAAGCCAAAAUCUUACAAGAAAGAAAUGUUGAACCCUGGGACGACGAGAAAUAAUUUCGCCAUUGUCACCAAGUGAUGAAUGGCGUGGUGGGCAAAAGACACCGGAUCGAGUGCGCAGGCUUUUCCUUCGCGCGAUCGUUUCCCGCCGCAAAACUACUCAGGUAGUCUCCAAUCCACCCUGACAUACGGUUGGGAUCCCUAUUCCCGCGCCACGUUGGAUUGAGCUUGUUGCAGCCACCUUGGAAUAGGGCACGUGGACAGUGGAGGAUGACCGCCAGAGAUUCUUUGCGAGCAGUCAUAGCAUAUGGGAUAUUUUUAGGUGUUUGGCCAGCGUAUUUUGGGAGAUUUUCGAAACGUUUGAUAUGAAGGAUAUAUCAAUAAUUUACCCAACCCUUCAAUCUGUAAUGAUGUGAGAGUACUGGCCAGGAUCUCUACGGUUGAGAUCGACAUCAGAAAUGAUUAUGAAAG